AUGGCGCCCGAACAGCCCCAGUGGGCGGCCGCCAAAGUGCGGCAGACGUUCCUCGACUACUUUGCGCAGCAUGGCCACACGUUUGUGCCCUCGUCCUCGGUCGUCCCGCUCUCGGACCCGACGCUGCUCUUCACCAACGCCGGCAUGAACCAGUACAAGGCCAUCUUCCAGGGCACGGUCGACCCGUCGUCGGACUUUGCGCAGCUCAAGCGCGCCGCCAACUCCCAAAAGUGCAUCCGCGCCGGCGGCAAGCACAACGACCUCGACGACGUCGGCAAGGACAGCUACCACCACACCUUCUUCGAGAUGCUCGGCAACUGGUCCUUUGGCGACUACUUCAAGCACGAGGCCAUCGGCUUCACCUGGGAGCUGCUGACGAAGGUCUACGGCGUCGACCCCAAGCGCCUCUACGUCACCUACUUUGAGGGCGACGCGGCCGGCGGGCUCGACGCGGACGUCGAGGCGCUCGAGCUGUGGAAGCGCGUGGGCGUGCCCGAAGACCACAUCCUGCCUGGCAACAUGAAGGACAACUUCUGGGAGAUGGGCGAGCAGGGCCCGUGUGGCCCCUGCUCCGAGGUCCACUACGACCUGCGGGAGCCCGUCGGCGGCGAGUACAGAAACGCCGCCGAGCUGGUCAACGCCGACGACGCCGAGGUGAUUGAGAUUUGGAACAACGUCUUCAUGCAGUACAAUCGCGAACCCGACCGCUCGCUGCGGCCGCUGCCGAACAAGCACAUUGACACGGGCAUGGGCUUCGAGCGGCUGGUCUGCCUGCUGCAGAAGAAGACGUCAAACUACGACACGGACGUCUUCACCCCCUUGUUCGCCAGGAUACAGCACGUCACGGGUGCGCGCCCCUACGGCGCCAAGUUUGGCAAGGACGACCCAGACGGCAUCGACACGGCCUACCGCGUCGUCGCCGACCACGUCCGCAUGAUGUCCUUUGCCAUUGCCGACGGCGGUGUGCCAAACAACGUCGGCCGCGGAUACGUCGUGCGACGGGUGCUCCGAAGAGGCGCCCGCUAUGCCCGCAAGUACUUUGAGACGGACAUUGGCGGCUUCUUCUCCCAGAUUGUCCCUACCCUGGUCGACCAGAUGGGCGACAUGUUCCCGGAGAUCAGGAAGAAGCAGCAGGACAUCAUCGAGAUGCUCGACGACGAGGAGAAGGCCUUUGCCAAGUCGCUGGACCGCGGCGAGGUCAUUUUUGAAAAGUACGCGCAAAAGGCAAAGGCAAAGGGCUCAAACCACCUGCCGGGAGACGACGUCUGGCGCCUGUACGACACGUACGGCUUCCCCGUCGACCUCACCAAGCUCAUGGCCGAAGAGCGCGGGCUCAGCAUCGACGACACGGAAGUCGAGGCCGCCCAGGAAAAGGCGCGCGAGGCCAGCAAGGGCGACAAGAAGGCUGCCGGCCUUGCCGUCAAGCUCGACGUCCACGACCUGGGCGCCCUGGACAGCAUGCCCAACGUCCCCAAGACCGACGACGGUGCCAAGUACGGCCGCGAGAACAUCACCGCCACCGUCAAGGCCAUCUACCACAACAAGCGGUUCCUGGAGAGCACAGCCGAGCUUCCCCGCGCCGCGCGGUUUGGCAUCCUGCUCGACAGGACCAACUUUUACGCCGAGCAGGGCGGCCAAGAGGCCGACUACGGGAAGCUGGUCGUCGACGGCGAGGCAGACUUCACCGUCGACGAUGUCCAGGUCUACGCCGGCUACGUCCUGCACACGGGCUACAUGGGCGAGGGCGAGCUGAGCGUCGGCAGCAAGGUCAUUGCCGAGUUUGACGAGCUCCGGAGAAGCCCCAUCCGCAGCAACCACACGGGAACCCACGUUCUCAACUACGCCCUCCGCCAAGUCCUCGGCAGCGAAGUCGACCAAAAGGGCUCGCUCGUCGCCCCUGAGAAGCUGCGUUUUGACUUUUCACACAAGGCCGGCCUCAGCGACGCCGAGCUAGAAGAGGUCGAGAGCGUGUCGACCGCGUACAUCAAGCAGGACGCGCGCGUCUACGCAAAGGAAGUGUCGCUCGCGACAGCUCGCGAGAUCAACGGCCUCCGUGCCGUCUUUGGCGAGACGUACCCCGACCCCGUCCGCGUCGUCUCCGUAGGCACGCCUGUCGAGGAGCUCAUGGCCGACCCCAAGAACGAGAGGUGGAGCAAGCUCUCGAUUGAGUUUUGCGGUGGCACCCACGUGCUGAAGACGGGCGAGAUCAAGGAGCUCGUCGUCCUCGAGGAAUCCGGCAUCGCAAAGGGCAUCCGCCGCAUCAUCGCCGUCACCGGCCAGGAGGCCUACAACGUGCAGCGCACCGCCGGCGACUUCUCCGAGCGCCUCGACGCCCUCGAGAAGCUCCCGUUUGGCGCCCAAAAGGAAAACGACGCAAAGCGCACGCAGGUCGACCUCAACAACCUGACCAUCUCGGCCCUCACUAAAUCCCGCUUCCGCGACCGCAUGACCAAGAUCAGCAAGAGCAUCCUCGACGAGCAAAAGGCCGCCGCCAAGGCGGAGCAGAAGAAGGUUCUCGAUGCCGUGACCAGCUACUUUGACGACGACAGCAACAAGUUCCUCGUCCACAAGGUCGAGUACUCGAGCAACGUCAGCAAGACCAUUAGCGACGUCAUCAAGACCGUGUCUGGGCCGAAGAGCGCCAUCAAGGACCGCAGCGUCUAUCUCUUCGCUGCAAGCCCAGAGGAGCGCAAGGUCGUGCAUGGCUGCUAUCUGUCCGAGCCAUUCAAGGCCAAGGGCGGUGACGGCCCCACGUGGGCCGCUGCCGUGACGCCCGUCGUCGGCGGCAAGGCUGGAGGCAAGCCCGGCGCACCCACGGCCAUUGGACAGGGCACAAACGCGGACAAGGUCGACCAGGGUGUCGAGGAGGCCACCAAGUGGAUCGAGUCCCUGUCGUUGUAG